AUGUCGCAUUCAAACGCUACUCAAAAUCCACGUGUUCUCACUAUUGCCGAUUCGUUCAGUGAUGGCAGUGCUGGAGUUCAAGCUGAUCUUAAAACGUUCGCAGCUUUAUCAACAUCUGCUAUGUCAGUAAUCACUGCCCUGGCCAUUCGAAAAACUUCCAACGAAAAUACCAUUCAUACCAUACCUAUAGAUUUUAUUUCAUCUCAAUUUCAUACACUUGUCAAUGAUAUAGGUGUCGAUGCUUUAAAGAUCGGUAUGUUUCAUUCGUCUUCUUUGAUCAACUGCAUAGUAUCAUUUAUUACGAAGACAAAGAUACCUAUUGUAGUAUUUGAUCCAGCUAUAAUUAUCACACAAUUACCUGUCGAUAAUCUCGAUAUUCUACGCAAUGAACUUUUGCCUUUUGUAACAUUAAUAACACCUACUCUAGAAGAAACAAGUAUUCUACUUGGCCGCAAUAUUGUAUCAUUAAGUGACAUGAAAUGUGCUGCACAAGAUCUACAUCGUUUAGGUCCAAAAUAUGUUUUGAUUAAAGGUGAUCUUAUGAUUCCAUCUGCAUCGAAGCAGAUUCAAGAUGAAAAAGAUAUCAAUGAUGUUGUUGAAGACGUACUCUUCGAUGGUAUAAACAUUACUGUUUUUAAAAGUCAACGACUACCUAAAAAAACUGAAUACAGUAUUCGAUGUAUAUUGUCGGCAACAAUUACAGCAUUGUUAGCUCAUGGUAUCGAUAUGACGCGUGCCAUACAAGAUGCUAUCACAUAUACUCAUUCGAUUGGACAGAACUCAUCGAAUUUUAAUUGUACUCAUGAUGUACUCAAACAUACGCUCUCGAUGUGUUCAGAUCAAACAUCUAAUGAAUCUUCAAAAUCAACAACGAACUCUGAACUUGUAAUAGACGAUGAACAGCAAGAGGUUGUAUCAAAAGAUCAUAAUGAUAUCGUGCAUAUUCAAAGUUACGGUUAUAUUCAAGUACCUCGUAUGAUUUCACAACAGCGAUCGUUCAUACAACUACUAAAAAAUGAGUGCACACAAGAAUGGUUCGAUUAUACUCAUCAUCGAUUCGUAGAAGAUAUGGGUAAUGGCACUUUACCACAUACAAGUUUCAAACAUUAUUUAAUUCAAGACUAUAUUUUUCUAACAAAUUUUGCUCGAUGUAAUGCUUUAGCUGCCUACAAAUCUAGCACUAUGAAAGAAAUUUUACAUGCAGCAAAUAUUGUGUGUCAUAUUGGUCGUGAAAGUGAACUUCACAUAUCGUAUUGUGCUGAAUGGGGAAUCGAUCCUGAGAGUGUAUCAUCUAUUAGAGAAGCUCGCCCGAAUUUAGCUUAUACACGAUUCACUCUUGAUUGUGGUAUGAGUGGUGAUUUACUUGAUCUUUAUGUGGCACUUUCUGCUUGUUUACUUGGAUAUGGUGAAAUAGGAACACGUCUAUUUGAAGAUCCUAAAACUAAACAAGAUUCACCGUAUUGGAAAUGGAUUUCGAAUUAUGCUGCUGAACAUUAUCAAGUAGCAUGUCGUGAAGGUGCAGACUUGAUUGAACGUUUAGUUAUUGACUAUGGUGUAUGGUAUUCUACAGUUCGUAUCAAGAAACUCAUCGAUAUUUUUAAAACUGCUACAGAACUCGAAAUUGGAUUUUGGGCCAUGGGUUUAAAUGUCGAAUGACAACUUUCAACUAUUAAACUAGCACGUUGUCUCACUAUUAUUAUUGUCAUUAUCUCAUUAUUACAUACAAUACCUUUUGUUAUUUUUCUCGAUAUUCAACAAGGUGUUUGCACAGUAUUCCAUCCACAAAUGGUAAACUAUAUUUCAUAUAUUUACUAUCCUGUUUUAAUUGGUUUUCUACCGAUGACAAUUACGUUGAUAUUCAGUUUAUUAGCAUAUCAAAAUGUUCGACGAAUUAUUCGACGACAAAUUCCAGUGGUUCGCCGUCGACUUGACCAACAACUAACAGCAAUGGUACUUAUUCGUAUCAUUAUCUUCCUAAUUUUAACUUUGCCAUUCACAUGCCUUCAAAUGUAUACAUAUCUUACAAAGAUUACUCCAUCAUCAAACUCUUAUGCUUUUGCUAUUCAGAACUUAGUGUCAACCAUUGUCGCUACACUUUUGAAUUUGAACUAUGCAAUAUCAUUCUAUAUGUUUUACAUAGCAUUUCGACGAUUUCGUCGACAAGUAAAGCAUGUUUUGAUUAAGAAAUAUUGGCGUCGAUGUAAACUUUGGUGUUUUUCUGGUAAAAAUCAAGUAGAGCCAGAACCAGUCAUGAAUAUAAAUUCAACUGAUUCUAGUGGAAUUAUUGAAUAA